UUCAGUAGCUAGUGAUAGAAGGCAUUAAAGGAAAAACCUUCUACUUAAAUAAAAAGGGAAGAAGGAAGAAAUUUUUUUACUCUAUAUGGUAAAAUGAUUUUUUUCCUCCUAUAAGUACUUCAUUUCUCCAACUGCUAGCAGUAUAGUAAAAAAUGCGCAUAAGAGUUUAAAAACAUAUGUUUUACAUUUAAGGCACACCAAAAUGUACCAGUUUCUGUGCAUAACUUCUUUAGUACAACAACGCUCAAAAGCGUGGUUAAAUUGUUAAAAAUGGUAAAAAUCAUUAAAAACCAACUUUUGCUCCGUUUGUAAAUGAUUUUGUUCAAAGUCCCAAAUGACUUUCAAAAGCUAAAACGACAUCGUUUUGUUCCUAUAUCAGCUCCACAUUUUGGGUCAUAACUCCUUCACUUGACCUAUGAAUCCAUCCAUGUUUGCAUCCACACGUCCAUAUUCUACCCUCUACCAUCCCGGAUCCUCGUUCCUUAUGUUUAUAUAUAUUAUAUCGAUGUAGUUUUCUUCUUCGUUAGGUAAUUGCUUGUUCAUAAUUGAUCACACCCAAAAUUGUGUUAUUUAAAGCCCAUGUUUAGGUUUGUUCCGAGCCAUUUUAUGUUCUUCGUAGUUAAUAUAUCGUUACAUAUACCCCCUUUAUUCAUUCCUUUGAAAAAUAUUAGCAUAUUAGUGAUAACACCUAAAAUAGGCGUUAUUUAGCCCUUAUUCUUAAGGCAUUUGCAUGAUAAUCACUGUGUCUAGGCCACAUAUCAAGUUAUUUAUGCCCAUAUUCGUUUCGAUUCGCAAAACAUGCAUUUUGGCAUAGUUAUUUAUGAUAUGAAGGUUUUCAUAGGGGAAUCAACCCCACUUUGACGUAUUUUAUGCUUUUCCAAGUGUUUCUGACGAAAUUACAGGUCUUAUAUGCAUUUGGGAUUGAUCGGGAAUCAAUUGGAGUUCAUCCGAGCAUGAUUGGAAAUCAUAUGAGCAAGAAGGGGAAAGAGGCACUGGUCACGACCACACGUCACGGCCGUGACCACCAGGUUGUUACCAUGUUCGCGGACUAAAGAUCGCGGCUGUGAAUAGUAGCUGCAAUCUUAUAAAGGAGGUCACUGAUAACACCCAAAUAUGUGUUAUUUACCAUUCAUAUUUAGGUUUAUUUCAUACUAAUUAGCAUGCAUAAUCGUUAGAAUAGCGCCGAUUGCAUCCAUGUUUCGUUCCUAUUUGAUCAUGAUGUGAUUUUAGGGUGCUUUAGAUGAUACGUAUGAAUUAGGUACGAAAAAGGUGCACAAGUGUAGAAAAAGGGACAAAAACGGAGAUCAUAGCCGAAGGAGCCAAGAUCCUAGCCUUCAGAGCCAAGAUCGCAGCCAUGAAGAGAGUGCAUGAACCAGAGCACAAGAUCGCAACCUGUAGUGCAAAGAUCCCAGCCGCGAUCUUCGAUCUCCAGCCCCUGAACUUGACCGGAAGAUCCCAACCUCAAGUUCAUGAGCGCGAACUUUGGAGCCAAGGGUGUGAACUUCAGAAGAGGCCAACUCAGGAGAAGCAGAAAUUUUCCACUAUCAAAUCAUGGUCUACGACUUCCGUGCCCGCGAUAAGGAUCUCGCCCGUGACACCUCGGAUUGCGACUGGGAUGUUAGGCCGCGAUCUCCACAUUUAGCAAAGCCAAAAUGGUGACCCACAAAGAUAGCAGACUCUACCCCAAAGAUCCCGGCCGCGAUCUUCUGCCUCUCGCCCGCGAGCUUGCCCUUAAGAUCAUAGCCUCAAGUUCAUGGGCGCGAUCUUUUGCCUCUUGCCCGUGAACUUGCCCUUAAGAUCACAACCUCUAGUUCAUGGGCGCGAUCUUCAGCCCCUUGCCCGUGAACUUGUCUGUGUCGGCUGAACUCUAUAAAUAAUGGACUCCUCCCCCUUUAGAAGAUGACUUUUGGCAGAUUUCUAAUUCUUGAGAGAGAUUAGAGAGAGAAGUUGAAGGAGAAGAAGUGGAUGAGAGCUUGGAGGAGGAUUUCCAUCACUUGAAGACCCUUUCUUCAUGAUUUCCUCCCCUAUUUGUAUGUCUUUUCUCUCCCCCCCCCCCCCCCCCAUGGGUUUAUCUCCCAAGGUACUAGGGGUUCUAAACCCCAAACCCUAUUUAUAGGUUUACUAUGUAUGUAUGGAUAUUUUAGGGUUUGAAUGAAUGUGGUUAUCUAGUUGAUUCUAUUGCUAUUCUAUCUUUGAUUGUGUUUGGGUAAGGCGCCCUAAUCUUAUCUACUAGCCUACUUUAUGCUUCUACGUUGGGUUUGGAGUUUUAGAGUUAGACGGGUAUGCACCAUCAAGCAAAUCGAGAUUAGAUGUGUGAAUAGGGAUCUAUGGUGGUCGAGGUAAUCGAACCCCUGUCAUAGGUAUCCUUCCUAGAUAGAACCCAGGAUGAAACCUUGGUGUGGACGGUGGGUAGUACCCAUUGAAAGGAGCUACGAGUUUAAUGCCUCAGAUACAAUAGUCUAGAUCGAGGUGACUAUAUAUGGGUCUAGGGGAGGCGUACUCGGAGGUGUGUGGAUAACCACGAAGGCUCACGGAAGAGAGCUCACUCACCACAUUCGACAAACCCUAAGUAUCUAGACAUUUCAUAGUAGUCCUAAGCUACGAUGAGGGAUAGUUCCCCGAAGUACCUCUUCUCAUCUAUUGAUCUUUGGUUUAGAAAUCGUCAACUGCUCACCUACUAAACAACAGGUUGAGUAGACAAUGAUCGAGCCUAAGUAGCCUAGAAUACCAUGACCCUUGGAAUAUGACCGAGCCACUUUACUACAUCCCUAGCUUGGUUAUGCUUGGACUUGUUAGGAUUGACUAGUAAGUGCGCUUCGACUCUAUAAAUUUAAAGCUCGAUUGAAGUAGCGAUCAACCGCGAUCUUAGAGCUUAAAUACAGAUUCAAAAAGUGUUGUUUCAGGCAAUUCAGGGACGUUCCAACUGGUCAUGACUAGGUCACAGCCUUGUCACGGCCGUGGCCAUCACGUCACGCCCUGAAGGCCUUGACCGCCAUCAGCUUUCUAUAAAUGCCCCUCUUGCUGCACUUUUCAAAAGAGUGUCGCCUGAGAGUGAGAAAGUUAGGAUUUUGGGUCUUUUUUAGAGAGGUAAAUACGUUGCGAUAUCUUAAAUGAAGAUCCAAUCCACCCAAGGAGCAAGGAGAAGAAGUUUGAUUUCAACACUCCCCUCUUCUAGUUUUUGUUUUCUCUCUCUCUAAUGACUUGAUGUGUUUUCUUUCUCUCUCUAAUGACUUGAAUCUCUAAUGGUUUGUUAGGGAAUAUGAAUCCUAAUUUAUAGGUUGUAUAUGAAUGGGGUUUAUAUGAAUGUGUUUAUCUAGUUGAUUUGAAUGCUUCUCUACCUUAGAUUGUGUUUGGGUAAGUCACCCUAAUCUUCUUUACUAGCCUACUUGAGCUUCUAUGUUGGGUAUGUAGUUUUAGGGUUAGACGGGUAUGCGCCAUCACGCAAAUUAGGUUAGAUGAAUGAAUAGGAUCUUAUGAG